AAACCAGUAGAUGAUAUGGUUCCUUCAUCACUUCCACAAAUUAUACGAGAAAAAUGCGAAGAAUUCGUGAUUAGCUUUAUUGAGAGUGAUAUGGACAUUUUACCACAAAAACUUUCGCAUAAUGGGGA